CAGUCUCCAGAAAUCAGAAGAAAUUUUCAGGGAAACCCACAGGGGUCGCUAUUCUCCCUCCGGGCUAUGGCGCCUCUGAGCCAGUGGAGCAGCCAGAUCAACUCCACCUGUGGGGCAGAGAACUCCACAGGGGCCGGCCGGGCCCGCCCGCACACCUACUACGCACUCUCCUACUGCGCACUGAUCCUGGCCAUCAUCUUCGGCAACGGUCUGGUGUGUGUGGCCGUGCUGAAGGAACGGGCUUUGCAGACCACCACCAACUACCUGGUGGUGAGCUUAGCCGUGGCUGACCUGCUGGUGGCCACCUUGGUGAUGCCCUGGGUGGUGUACCUGGAGGUGACAGGUGGAGUCUGGAACUUCAGCCGCGUUUGCUGUGAUGUAUUUGUCACCCUGGACGUCAUGAUGUGUACGGCCAGCAUCCUGAACCUCUGCGCCAUCAGCAUCGACAGGUACACCGCGGUGGUCAUGCCGGUUCGCUAUCAACACGGCACGGGACAGAGCUCCUGUCGGCGCGUGGCCCUCAUGAUCACAGCUGUCUGGGUGUUGGCCUUUGCUGUCUCCUGCCCUCUCCUCUUUGGCCUCAACACCACAGGAGACCCCAGUGUCUGCUCCAUCUCCAACCCUGAUUUUGUCAUCUACUCUUCAGUGGUGUCCUUCUACCUGCCCUUUGGAGUGACUGUCCUCGUCUACACCAGGAUCUACAUGGUGCUGAGACAGAGGAGACGGAAACGGAUCCUCACUCGACAGAACAGUCAGUGCAUCAGUGUCAGACCCGGCUUCCCUCAACAGUCUUCCUGUCUGAGGCUGCACCCCAUUCGGCAGUUUUCAAUAAGGGACAGAUUUCCAUCAGAUGCCACUGGACAAAUGGAACAUGCAGAAGAUAAACAGUGUCCCCAAAAAUGUCAGGAUCCUCUCUUGUCCCACCUACAGCCACUCUCCCCUAGUCAGGCACACAUGGAGCUGAAGCGUUACUACAGCAUCUGCCAAGAUACUGCCUUGGGGCGACCCGGAUUCCAAGAGGCUGGGGGAGAGUUGAAAAGGGAGGGGAGGACUCGGAACUCCCUCAGCCCCACCAUGGCACCCAAGCUCAGCUUAGAGGUUCGAAAACUCAGUAAUGGCAGGUUGUCGACAUCUUUAAAGCUGGGGCCCUUGCAGCCUCGUGGAGUGCCACUUCGGGAGAAGAAGGCAACUCAGAUGCUGGCAAUCGUGCUUGGGGCCUUCAUUGUCUGCUGGCUGCCCUUCUUUUUGACCCACGUUCUCAAUACUCACUGCCAAGCCUGCCAUGUGUCCCCAGAGCUUUACAGUGCCACCACGUGGCUGGGCUACGUGAACAGUGCCCUCAACCCCGUGAUCUAUACCACCUUCAAUGUCGAGUUCCGUAAAGCCUUCCUCAAGAUCCUGUCUUGCUGAAGGAGAGGAGAA